ACCGAGUGGUUUCAGAUCUCGUUUACAUGGAAAGUUGGUUCCUCCUCCAGCCACCAGCUCGAUCCUUUCUUCCUCGUUCUCGCGAUCUGACCUCCCCAUCUCUCCUCACUCGAUUUCCCGGCGGCUAGCGACGCGGGAGGAGGCGCCCGGCCGGCCGGCGAGCACGUGCUGAUAGCGGCCGAGGAGGCGUUGCGGCUGGACGAAGAGCGCCGCGUGCAGCGAAGCGGCAGUCCGGCGAGCAGGAGGUGGAUCUGGACGGCGUCGUCUUCGCCUGAGCCAGCCUCACCACGCGUCGGCCUCCCGAGGCGGGGAGUUCAUCCGCGCGAACGGCCCCGGUAGCGGGGCGAGGCGUUCCGAAUCUGGCGGCAUCCUCGGAGGCACACGGCAACAUCUCGGUCUGCUUGUUCUUCACGCUGCGCCACAAGCUCAACUGCAAUGGCCGCCGCCGCGGCGUCAAGCUCGUCGCCGGAGUUCUCGUAGUAGCCGAGGUGCCUUGCUCCUUCCAUUUCCUCCAUCUCCGUCCUGUCGUUCUCCACUGCUCUAGCUACUAGCUAGCAGGAUAUACUCCACGAAUCGCAGAAAUGGUAUUCAAUGCCUUGUAAUCGUUCAGAAAACUAAAAAAAUAUUCCGCAAUCGCCCACUUCAACCCCAAAUCCCCUGUUUUCCAAUCCCCUUCACCUUUUCGCUUACAAUCCCUAUACCGAACUCCAUGCUAUUUUCUGCUCCACCCAUGUUGAUUGGCACGAUACUGAUUUUCACGGGGAUGCAUUAAGCUACGGUCUAACUUGUGGGAGCUGGAUACUGCUGAAAAGGGGACCAAAUGGAGCUUCAGCAGGAAAGCUCGGAUGCGGGGACUUUGUUCUCGGCGCCAUCAAGGAACCUAUCAUCCUCUUCAUCAGCAUUUGUUUCUGCUAACCAAUCCCCUUUCUUCACGCCACGAUGUCUAUCUGCCCGUGUCUCAGAUCACGCACAUCCUGAGAACAAUAGUUCCUUGAGUGGUACUGUGCUGAAAAUCAGUGAUAUUCUUUCCAGCGACACUCUGUUAAAGCGGGAGCAAUUACCAUCAGCCACUGUGGGGUUAUUGCCAUCGGAUGCUUCUCCUCCUCCUAGUAUUUGCACUUCAAGCAAUUUUGACACUCCAGCAAUUGUCUAUAACAAUCCUAGCUUCAUUUCCACCUUCAGUGACCCAUGUCAAGGCAGUUCAUCAGCAACUAGCACUGGUGUCCGUUCAACUCAGAAGGAGAAGCAUAAGAGACAGUGGGGAUUAUAUCGGAAAUCUUCAUCCUCUCAACCUACGACAUCAGCUACCUCUGUCAACAGACUUCGGAGCUUUGAUGUGUACAUAGGAUUUCAUGGCCGUAAGGCUUCACUACUGAGGUUCACUAAUUGGCUUCGUGCAGAGCUUGAGAUCCAUGGAAUCAGCUGCUUUGCUUCUGACAGGUCUAGAUGCCGGAGUUCUCACAGCCAUGAUACUAUUGAGAGGAUUAUGAAUGCUUCCACAUAUGGAGUUGUCAUCCUUACAAGAAAAUCAUUUGGCAAUCCUUAUACCAUCGAGGAGCUGAGGAACUUCUUUGGCAAGAAAAAUCUGAUCCCUAUAUUCUUUGACUUGGGUGCUGCUGAUUGCCUUGCCAGAGAUAUUAUUGAGAAGAGAGGAGAACUGUGGGAGAGACAUGGCGGCGAGCUUUGGAUGUUAUAUGGUGGAAUGGAACAGGAAUGGAGGGAAUCAGUUGAUGCUCUUUCUCGGGUGUCAGAUGUGCAAUUAGAAGCAAAUGAUGGCAAUUGGAGACAUUGCAUACUUCAAACUAUCAUUGUUUUGGCCACAAAAUUGGGCAGGAGAAGUGUGGUUGAUCGGGUGAAUAGGUGGAGAGGAAGGGUGGAGAAGGAGGAAUUCCCUUUCCCUCGUAAUGCUGAUUUUGUUGGUAGGAAAAAAGAGCUCUCAGAGUUGGAACUCAUUUUAUUUGGAGAUGUCAGCGGAGAUGGGGAAAGAGAGUAUUUUGAGAUCAAGACAAAGCAGAGAAGAAAGGGCCUCGUAAUUGGACGGUCUGUUAACAAUUAUGAGCAAGUAAAUACUGAUGAUGGUAAAGGAAAGGAGCCGGUUUUGUGGAAGGAAACCAAGGAAAACAUUGAGAUGCAGAGACUGGGGAGUCCACCACGACAUGGAAGGCCAUCGAGAACAAAGAAUGAUGGCAGGUAUGGGAGGAAAAGAAGAUGUAGGAAGAUACUCUACGGAAAGGGUAUUGCUUGCAUUUCAGGGGAAUCUGGAAUUGGCAAGACAGACUUGGUUUUGGAGUAUGCAUACAGGUUCUCCCAGAGAUAUAAGAUGGUCUUAUGGGUCAGAGGGGAAAGCAGGUACAUUCGACAAAACUACUUAGCUUUGCGGACUUUUCUGGAAGUAGAUUUAAGUGUUGAUAGUCACUUGCAUGAGAAAGGAAGUGACCGAUGCUUUGAAGAGCAGGAAGAGGAAGCCAUUGCCAAAAUACGGCAAGAGCUGAUGCGGGACAUACCGUUUUUAGUAAUCAUUGAUAAUCUUGAGAGUGAGAAAGACUGGUGGGAUAAGAGAGUCAUAACAGACCUUCUUCCACAUUUUGGUGGAGAGACCCACUUCAUCAUAACAACACGCCUUCCACGUGUGAUGAACUUGGAGCCAAUGAAGCUUUCUUAUUUGUCUGGUGCCGAGGCAAUGUCUUUGAUGAAGGGAGGCGUCAAGGAUUAUCCACUGGUGGAAAUUGAUGCACUAAAGGCCAUUGAAGAAAAGCUUGGAAGACUCACUCUUGGCCUUGGUAUUGUGGGAUCUAUACUCUCAGAGCUUCCAAUCACUCCGAGCAGGCUUCUUGAUACGUUGAGUCGGACACUGCCCAUAAGAGAUUGUUCUUGGAAUGAGAGAGAUGCUAUCAGUUUGAAAAAUCAUGAAAUCCUUGUCCGGCUCCUGGAUGUCUGCCUAUCAAUAUUUGACCAUGCCGAUGGUCCUAGGAGUCUGGCAACCCGGAUGGUUCAAGUGUGUGGUUGGUUUGCACCUUCUGCGGUCCCAAUACAUAUGUUGGCGUUGGCUGCACAUAAAGUCCCAAAGAAGCAUCGGAGGGGUCCAAGGUGGAGGAAGUGGUGGCGAACGCUGACUUGUGGCUUGGCUACAUCUAGGAUGAAGAGAUCUGAAGCUGAAGCAGCUGCAAUGCUGAUGAGGUUUGGAAUUGCCAGAUGCAGCACAAAGCCUGAAUAUGUACAGUUCCAUGAUCUGAUCAGGCUAUAUGCUCGAAAGCGAGGAGGCACACGAAUGGCACAAGCUGUGGUCCAAUCGAUCUACCUCCGAGGCUCAAUUAAACAUUCUUCUGAACAUCUGUGGGCUGCCUGCUUCAUGUUUUUUGGAUUUGGUUCUGAUCCUUUCCUGGUAGAACCGAGGCCAUCAGAGUUGAUUUUCUUUGUGAAGCAGAUCGUCGUGCCACUUGCAAUCAACACAUUCAUCACAUAUUCCCGAUGUAAUGCAGCACUGGAGCUGCUGCGUCUAUGCACUGAGGCAUUGGAGCGGGCAGCUGACUCAAUGCUUUCUCAUGCUGGCAAAUGGAGAGAAACACCAUUGUCCUGUUUCAGGCCAACUCAGUCAGAAGCCCAAUACACCUACCUUUGGCAGGAGCUGGCUCUUCUGAAAGCAUCUGUAUUGGAAACACGGGCCAAGCUGAUGCUUCGAGGUGGACAGUAUGACACUGGAGAUGACCUAAUAAGGAAGGCCAUAUUCAUCCUGACUUCCAUUUGUGGCGAGCACCAUCCUAACACGGUUUCUGCUCGAGAAACCCUCAGUAAACUCACAAGGCUUCUUACAAAUGUUCAGCUUAGUUGAUUCAUAUAGCUUAGGACUUCACCAAUAUAUUCUUUUCAGUGUGGCUUUUCAUAAACACUGUACAAAAUGCCCCAGAUCAUCAAAUAACAAAAGAAAAUUUGUCUACACAAUUUGCACAGGUUUGCUUCUUUGGUUAAAGCACUCUCUUGUUACUUUCACCUUUGUGAUGUGAUCCUAGUCUUAACACGCACAAGGUUUCAGGCAUCUUCCUCUGGUGUUGAUCUUAGUAAUUAAUAACUGGCAAACAUAUACAUUUCUCUCCUUUUCAUUUCUCAUCUUAUUGGUCAUUUUAUUUUGGGAUGUCUUCCCCCUGGCUCAACUGUUCUUUUUAUUAGUCAUUCUAUUAAAAGUAUCAGCUCAGGUAGUUCUGAAGUGACCUAGUCAGAUGCCUGAAUUGUAUAUCUCAAUUGUGUCAAGAUGAAUAAAAAGAGGAAUAUUCUAUCAGGCAAAAGAAACUAGUCGUCUCCAGCAGCCACUGAUCCCUACAGUUUUAGUCUCUAGCUAGAGGUGAUUUCUUCUAUCAUAUAAUUAGAGAUGUUUCACGAUGUUGGAUGGGAGUCUUGCAUUAUGGUAACUGCCAGAUGAAAGUUGGUGAACAAUUAUUUAUUUCUGUCAGCUCCAAAGAUCAUAGUACAAAUUAACAACCAUGUGAUGCUGAUACUUCGAUGUUGAAGUAAGGUAAUGUUCUACAUUGAUUCCCAUUCAAUUUAAUUGUUUGUAGCGAUUUAUUUUUGAUAAAAAGAUACGAGGUAAUAGGCAUUUGCAUUGAGAAACUAAAACUGCAAUUUUGUGCUUAUUAAGGUCUGUGGAAGUGUUGUAUAGCUGUUAUUGGGGUUGAAACUCAACUCAAGCUUGUAACUAUUCUAAUUCUUAUAUACACAAACUCUCCUAUUCAUGGUGCCUCUCAUGCCUAUCAUAGUUAAGGACAAGCAACACUCAUAUUACAGUUCUGGUUGAAAUGCAUGCUUAUUGGUUAUUGCAGAUUCACGAAAUAUUAAAGAAAAACAGUGCUUAGUUCUUGCUGUUGAUUAUGUCUACUAGUGAGGCAUUCAACGAAUGGACCGUGGAGCUGUAGUCAUAGCUUUUGGAGAAUGGAAGUAUAAGUUCUGGUCUCUUCUUGCAGCCUUGCACAGAACCAUAUUUGUGGACACCAAGAUCUGAGGCAACAGCUAUACGCAGAAAACCAUGGUUGAAGUUUCAACCAACUCUAUUUCGUUCUUUAUGGCAAUUUAAUUAAAGUUAUAUGUAAACUUGGUAAGGCUUGAUCAUUGCCCUUUUAGUCUAUGCUUUUUUCUCAAGAUCUUUUAUUACAACUUUGAGUUGCUUGCCCCAUUUUCUAGAAUUUAUACAACUGCUGUGAACUAAUGGUUCUUCAGCAACUGGGUUGACAGAUUUUACAUCAAUUUUUUUGAACGGGAAAACUCAGAGCAGUUCUGGCCUAUUGAUAUGUUAUUUUAUGAUUAUUAAUUCUACCUUUUCUAUUUUUUUUCCAGUGCUUUUUAAUCCUGCCGCCAAUGUUCUGAACAUUACCUUGUUAGCUUCAUGAAGAAACACCUGGAAUUGGAGCCACACUAUUAAGCAAAUUGGAAUGUUUACUUUCACUGGACUCAGCAGUGAUCAAACGACCUCCAUGAGGCAGGAAUGCCUCAUCUACAUGGCAUCUAAUGGGUAAGUCGAUCUACUUCAGGAAUUUUAUGUUGCUAUCAUAAAAACCAUUGGGCGUGUCAAGUUUACGGUUGCACAGUAUAUAAUAUAAAGCGACCUGAGUGAAAUAUGUCAGCGGUCCUUAAAACUUGUAA